GGCAAUUCAAUUUGACAAAUCGAUGAUACGUGUAUCUUGUAUUUUCUUGUAAAAGUGUAUCCCUCGGUUCCCCAUAAUUUCUUAAUUACUCAAAAGAAAAAGGCAAAAAUGAGUUCAUUCAAAAGAGAUAAAAAAGAGGAAGAAGAUAGUGGUGGUAAUCCUUAUCAAAAUCUUGACAAGACUAUUGUAUUACAAGAAGCUAGAUACUUUAACGAAACUCCGGUCAAUCCAAGAAAAUGUAUUUACAUCUUGUCGAAAAUUCUGUAUUUACUCAAUCAAGGAGAAAAGUUCACUACCAAGGAGGCUACAGAUGUGUUUUUCGCAACAACCAAACUGUUUCAAUCCAAAAAUGUGAUGUUAAGGCGUAUGGUUUAUCUUUGCAUAAAAGAAUUGAGUACUAUGGCCCAAGAUAUUAUCAUAGUUACAUCGUCAUUGACUAAGGAUAUGACUGGCAAAGAGGAUUUGUAUAGACCUGCGGCCAUAAGAGCACUUUGCAGUAUUACUGAUAGCACAAUGCUACAAGCUAUAGAAAGAUACAUGAAACAAGCGAUAGUAGAUAAGAACCCGGCUGUUAGCUCCGCAGCUUUGGUCUCCGCUCUUCACCUAUCAUCAAGUGCUCCAGAUCUUGUCCGUCGAUGGGUUAAUGAGGCUCAGGAAGCAAUGAACUCCGAUGAUCCCAUGGUUUGCUAUCAUGCGUUAGGAUUGGUUGCUGGAUUAAAGAAAAAUGACAAGUUGUCUACUGUAAAACUGAUUACCCGCUAUUUCGGAACAUCAGUGAAGUCACCUUACAUGCUGUGUCUCCUUAUACGCUUUGCUGCCCAAAUGGUAGAAACUGAUGAUUCUGACAAUUCAAAACGUUUCAUCGAUUUCAUUGAGUACUGUCUCCGUCACAAGUCCGAAAUGGUUAUUUACGAGGCAGCCCAUGCUAUUGUCAAUCUCAAAAAGCCAGUACGUGAUCUAGCUCCGGCCGUGUCCGUAUUGCAGCUAUUCUGUGGCUCCUCGAAAGCUUCAUUGCGACUUGCAGGUGCGCGAACGCUCGCUUGUUUGACUGCAAAGCGACCAACAGCUGUUGCAGCUUGUACCGUUGAUCUGGAAAACCUUAUAUCUGAUCCUAAUCGCUCUGUUGCUACUUUAGCUGUUACCACGUUACUUGCAACGGGUGCUGAGAGUUCUAUUGACAGAUUAAUGAAACAAAUAUCAAGCUUUGUUUCGGAGAUUUCUGAUGAAUUUAAAAUCAUCGUGGUGAAGGCCAUUCGACGUCUAUGCACAAAAUUCCCAAGAAAGCAUCAGUCGAUUGUCGCAUUUUUGGCCGGAAUGUUAAGAGAUGAAGGUGGUCUGGAAUUUAAAGCAGCUAUAGCUGAUGCAAUUAUAGAAAUAGUCGAAGAGAACCCAGAUGCUAAAGAGACAGGUCUAGCACAUUUGUGUGAAUUUAUAGAGGAUUGUGAACACUCCGCCUUGGCUGUCCGUAUAUUACAUUUGCUUGGACGCGAGGGUCCCAAGUCACGUCAACCAUCACGUUACAUUCGUUUCAUAUACAACAGAGUUAUUUUAGAAUCUGGUCCCGUGAGAGCGGCCGCAGUAUCUGCAGUCGCGCAGUUUGGUGCCCAGCGACCAGAAAUGUUGCCUAACAUUAAGGUCCUUUUGUCUCGAUGCGAACUGGACGAUGAAGAUGAAGUAAGAGAUCGCGCAAUUUUCUAUAAUGCUGUUCUCGACACAGGAGAUCAACAACUCAUAAACGAUUACAUUAUAAAUGUCGUGAAACUAAAUCCCAUACAGCUUGAGAAAGCUUUACGUGAACAUAUUGCUACAAAACCAGAUGAGGCGUUUGAUAUAAUGUCAGUACCAACUGAAGAACUGAAGGAAGAGAAAGAGGAUAUUGUUGAAGUUGAAGUGAAAAAACCCACACAAAUGACAACAGAAGAGAUAUACAACGAGAUGUUGUCUCACAUUCCUGGUGUUGAGCGUCUGGGACCUAUUUUCAAACGCGCGCAGGUGGUCGAAUUGACCGAACCAGAGACAGAGUAUACGGUACGUUUGUACAAACAUAUCUUUGCACGGCACAUCAUAUUGCAAUUUGAAUGUGUGAACACACUAAAUGAUCAACAACUCGAGCAAGUUCACGUUAGAUUGGAUACACCGCCCGAAUACAAUUUGGUAUCGAUAGUUCCCUGUCAGAAAUUGGUUUUUAAUAAACCCGAUAGUGUAUUCGUCGUCGUGGAGUUUCCGAGCGCAUAUUUAGAUAGCUUGGGAACAUUCGGUGCGACUUUGGAAUUCGUUGUCAGGGACUGCGAUCCCAACACUGGCAAUCCUGACCCUGGUGAGGGAUACGCUGAUUCGUAUCCUUUGGAGGAAUUCGAUAUCAAUUGUGCUGAUCAAAUUAAGACACGUACUGCAGCUGAAGAUUUCGAGGAGACAUGGGAAUGCGCGGCUAAUUCUCCGGAAGCCAGUGAGACAUUUGCUCUUCCGUACAAUGACAUUGAAGAGGCUGGUAAAGCGGUGUGCAGACAUUUGGCGUUGCCGAAUGAAGCCGUUAGCGGAGAUGCGAUCAAGGAGAUCAAAGGAUGCGGUAUAUUCCGGGGCGGGGCUCCUGUACUGAUGAAAGCGAAGUUAGUCGCUAUUAAUGUGGGCGUUACUAUGAAACUAGCUGUUCGAUCGCCUCGGGAAGAUAUUGCCCAGCUCUUAUUGUCGGCCAUUGGUUAAAAUUAUAAGUACUCUGUAUUAAAAAUAUUGAUGUAUGUGACAUAAAUGUUCUUAGCCAAGCAAAAGUAAAUCAGAUCUUGUUUUUUUAAAGAAUGUUUUGUGUUUUUUGAAUACGUGAAGACAUUUUUUUUGUUAUUUAUCUUAAAAUUUUAUGCAAAUAUUAUGGAUACUUUGAUCGAAUUCCCAUCAGAAAUAACAU